AUGCCAGAACAAGGGCUCGGGAUCAGCGAGCCAUUUGACUUGAUCCGCCUCUCUCUUAGUGAGCGUGUUUUGGUAAAACUCCGUGGUGAACGUGAGCUCCGUGGUAUUCUUCAUGCGUACGAUGGCCACAUGAACUUGAUUCUCGGUGAUGUGGAAGAGACAAUCUACGAUGUCCAAGUGGCUGAGGAUACGGGAGCGGAAACCAUCCAGAUUGUGAAGCGGAACUCUGAGAUGAUGUUUGUUCGCGGUGACGGUGUCAUCCUGGUGUCCCCACCGCGCAUGUAA